CCCUGACAGAGGCAAGACUAUACCUAGGACUAUACCUAGGACUAUGAUGGUGACGGCCCGUUGGAUGACGCGGCGCCGCUUCUACGGCUACUCGAUGAGGGCCCACACCUGUGCAAUGCGCCGUCGUUGGGUGUUUACGCGCGCCUCCACGGGGGUGGUCUCUAUCGGCGCGCUUGAUUUCGGCGCGACUCGCGCGCUCGACUCCGGUGUGACUCGCGCGCUUUGCCUUGGCGCGAGCAUCCUUGGUGCUUCCUCAGUGUGGUGAGAUCCGAGUCACAUGCCCAACAGAAACCAUUGAUAGAACUUAGAAGUGUUAAUGUAAAUCUGAUAUUUGGUGAUGCGGACACACAUUAAAAUCGUGAAGUUUUAAGAUGAAAUCCGUACGUUUUGAACCAUGGAUCAGCUGUUCAAUGGAAACUAUUGUUAACGUUGGAACACAUAUUAUUACAUUCUAUAAUUUUUGGAUCCAAUGUCUAAAAAUGAUGUUUUUUUCCCCGUAGAAAUUAAAUCCAUGGUAAUUGUGGAAAACUAGUUUAAUUAAUAUAUUUGUCAUUUCAUCACUUGAGGAGACCGGAGACUAGCUAGCUAGUUUUGUAUCUAUUUACUAGGGCUGGGAAAAUAGACCAGACCGUUAGAAAAACUGUGGUCGAAACCGUACCGCACAGUUUGGUCUGGACCAUAGACCGUUAAGUAUGGUCUGGUCUGGUCCAUGGUCUGUAUUAUUUUAUGUUUUGAUCUCUUAGUCUGGUCUGGUCUAGACCGCGGUUUACCGGACCAAACCGUGGACCCAACCGACUUGUCAAUACGUGUUAACAUCCCAUUCGACCACUCUCCCAACUCCCACAAUGACACCCAAGUCUCAACCUUAAUUUUGUGAAUCUCGUCCCUCGUUCAUUCACAACCACAUUUAACUAGAGAAUAGAGAUAAUCGUGUCUCCAUAUGACAUUAUGUUAAUGUUUAUGACGUUAUGGUGCAAGUUGGGAUGCUUUUACUUUGUAUCUUUGUUAUGUACUAAGAUUUAGGUUAUCAAAAUUAUUCAUGCAUGUUAGGAUUAAUGUUUUAAGGUAAAUAAAAAUUAUUUUUCUUAGUUAUUGGUUCAAUUUUUUGUGUGGUUGACUAAACAAAUUAUUCAUUUUUCGUUGAGUGUGGUCUAUCUGGACCAAACCAGACCGAACCAGACCGCACAAGUGUGGUCUAGACCAGACCGUAUAGUAUGUAGUCUAGUCUAUGGUCUAUACUUCAACCUCUCGAUCUGGACCAUAAACCGUAUAUAUGGACCAAACCGCACCGUUUCCCAACCCUACUAUUUACGCCUUUCAUGGUGACGAAAAGCCUGAUUAGUUCGUAAUUAACGUGGACUGCUUUGCUUUGCCGAAUACAUAAGCUACUUACCUGCUAGGACCGUCUUCCAAACCCAAUGGGAAUUAAAUACUUUUGACUUUCACACUGAAAAUAAGCAAGAACGUGAACGCCUCGUGUCAUCAUUUUCUUAAAAACAAUACUAUUCCACCAAAACAGAAAAUUCAAACGAAGAAGCCAUGUCAUAAUUAGGAGAAUGGGAAAACGAGACGAAGAAGGAAGAACGAACAUGCGGUAGUCAAAAGAGAAACGAAAGAGAGAGACAGAGAGUGGUUUGAUUGCCUUGUCAACCAAACCGGCCAGUAGGCUCAGCUCAGCAGUCAAAUCGAUUGAUUGUACCUUUCAUAACCAGUAUAUAUGCAUGUAUAUUGUAUGAAUAUGAUGAUCAUUCCACAGAAACUAAUGCCAGCAAAGCAUAUUUGACCGCCGAGGCCCGGCGUUGGCCGGUCGGUCAGCAAUUCCAUAUGCUUUAAUUAUGCAAUUAAAAAAACACUGUUUCCCAGACCGGGUCCGGGACAGAGAAUAAUCAUGUCCAUCAAUCUAAUCCGUCUAUUAGCAAACAAUAAUAAUGCAUAUCCAAGUAUACCCAAACCUGAUCAAGUUAAUUACGGUCCUAACUCCUCAUGCUAAUGAAAGUUAAGAAUGUUAUAACGCGGUUUAUCGAAGUUACUUAGUGUACGUGUUUUCUGAGGAUUUUGACGCAGACACUCGAAAUAUCAACCUCGAAUGAUCUUCAUCUUUUUUUUUUUGUUGUUUCCAGAAGUUGAUUUUGUUAAGAAAAAUUCUCCAGUGAUAGUAAAUUUGAAUUCGAUUGUGUAUCCAAUUCCAGCAAUAAACUCACCAUAUGAUAGAACGAGGGCUAGCAGAAAAAAACAGGAAUACUGUUAAGGCGAAAUGGCAUUGUACUAAUUGCUGCUGAAGACUGAACUCUGAAGUAGUGGGGGAAAACCUGCAGCCGUACUGUGACUACGUCUGGUGAUAAAUGUGGGGAAACUCUGAAGCCUGAACCGAUUGCUCAUUAACACAAGAAGCCUCAAACAGUGUAUAUUUGAUUGAUAGGCUAGGUAGGCCACACUGCCCAGCCUCUGUCUAAACACUGCAACUCCCAACUUUCCAUUAUUAUCAAUAAUCAUUCUUCCCUUCACUACUUAUUUUUUCAUAUCGUUUUAUUUUAUCUUGCAAGUUUUGGACGUAAUUUACAUACUCAGUUUAGGUCGUUUGGACAAGGCAUUGUGAGUUAUUUGACUUAGGUUGUACACAAAGUGCUGCAAACGAGCCGAGUCAGGAAUUUUUCUAAUAAUAGCCCCUUCUAAAUUUUUUUUACAAAAAUAGCACCCCUCUUCCAAAACCGCACCUUCAAGGUGCGUUUUAUAUGCAAACCGCUCAGUGAGGGAGCGGUCCCCGCUAGGGCAGCCCCAAAACCGCAUUGUCAGCGUGUGGUCCGUGUUCCCGAGGCGGCGGUCCCCAGCACCGUUGGAUUAGGCGACGAUCCACCGGCAAACCGCACGCCAGCGCAGUGAUCCGCAUCAGCGAUCCCAGACCGCGCGCCUGGAGAACGGUUUGCGCCUCGGACGCCGUGAACCGCUCCCUCUAGGUGCAGUAUUGGAAAGGGAAAAAUUACGAAACCGCCCCUGGAGGGUGCGGUCUGAAAACUAUAAAUACCCCCUCCCCCUCCUCAUUUUUUCAGAACACAACCCAUUCUUCUCUCUCUAAAAUUAUCUCUCUAUCCAUCCCCCUCCCCUCCCAAAAGUCCAGGAAAUAGUGGUCUGUUGGUUGCGGGCUUGCAACUAAGUUCAAUCUGCCAUCAGAAAAUAUUUCUUUGGCUUUUCCUUCAAAACUCGCCGAAUCUCUAUCCGACUUUUACGAAAAAAUGGACGAGUGGUUCCAAGAAGAAGGAAUUUAUUAUGAUGAAUUUCAAGCGGUACGUACUCAUUUACCAAAUUUUUGUUGUUGUUCCUUUUAAAUUAAUCUAUGUACUAAUGUUUUUGUUAUACUCUCGUAGGUUGGGGACGACGUGGAUAUAUACAACCAACGCUAUUAUGCUGAUCAAGGACUUAGUGAUCCAACCGAGUUGUACGACCAACCCAACCAUCGUUCAAGGGAUGUUUGGAACGAUCACGAGGUAUAUACAAUUCUUCAUCAUUUCUCUUUCUUUUAAUUUGUUAAUGUACUUAGUGGAAUAUAAAAUAAAUUUGAUC